CUCCAUGACUCAUCACUCUCAAGACACUUUCUGCUCUCGCAGCUCUCUCUCACUCUCUCUCUGCGCUCCUUUUACUUUCUCUCUCUAUUUCCUCCUCCUUCUUCUUCCUAUUCCGGUCUUAGGGAGUCGCUCCAGACUCCAGCAAGCAAGUUCGUUUUUGUUUAAUGAAAUAAGCCUCAAUCCACAUUUGUUUCUUAAUUAGCUCGUGCUUGGCUGAGUAAAAGUCUCAAUCCUUUCUUACUUGUGUUCUCUCUUCGCACUAGCCGUCAAUAAAUGGUCGAGGCAAUUCUGGGAAUUCGAGAUUUACUUAGUUCGUGCCACAUUCACGCCGUUUGUUAUGGAGCAGUCCUGAUCUAAUGCCGGAUCUGGAGCUGCAACUACGCCAAAUGCCGUCAGAAAUUGUUCCGACGGAGCAAGAGCUCUAGUGGGGAUGCAAUCCGCAAAUUCAUUAUUUUGGGACUGGGGAUGAAAGUAUCCUGCAUCCUCCUCGUGUUUUCAGCUGCCUAAUGUUGUUCUUGGGAUAUCUGUGCUGUUUCAGGGAAACAGUGACAUCUGCAGAGGUGACAUUAUCAGUACCACUACCAAAUUCGCUUACCCAGUUAACAAAAGUUUCAAUGGAGUUCUGCUGCACUUUGGUCGUAUCAUAUAUUUUUUUGGUAGCAACUAUUUUGCCUUCUGCUGUUGCGGAUCUGAAUUCUGAUAAGCAAGCUCUUCUUGCCUUUGCUGUGGCUGUACCUCAUCUUCGGAACCUCAACUGGAGUUCUGCUUCCUCCAUCUGCACGUCUUGGGUGGGUGUCACUUGUAAUACAGGCGGCACUCGUGUUUCAGCCCUUCGGCUUCCAGGAGUAGGAUUUGUUGGCCAAAUCCCAACCAACACACUUGGUAGACUAGAUGCUCUCACAAUUCUCAGUCUUCGAUCUAAUCUCCUAAGUGGAAAUCUGCCUUCUGAUGUUACCUCUCUUCCAUUACUCCAAUAUCUUUACCUCCAACACAAUAACUUCUUUGGUGAUAUUCCUCUCUCCCUUUCCUCCCAACUCAAUGUGUUAGAUCUUUCAUUCAAUUCCUUCAAUGGCAGUAUUCCACAGACAAUUGCAAACUUGACAGAGCUCACAGGAUUGAACCUCCAAAACAACACCCUUUCUGGACCCAUACCUGACCUCAACCAUACCAGGCUCAAGCGUUUGAAUUUAAGCUACAAUAUUCUCAAUGGCUCAAUUCCAUCUUCCCUUCAAAAAUUUCCCAAUUCAUCCUUUGUUGGAAACACUUUGUUAUGUGGACCACCUCUUAAACCUUGUUCUGUCAUUCUCCCUCCGCCUUCUCCAUCUCCAGAUUUCUCUCCUCCCCCAGUAAUGCCUCCCAAAGAAAACUCCAAAAAUAAACUGACAACUGGAAUUAUCAUUGCCAUUGCAGUUGGAGGGUUUAUGCUCCUGCUUCUUGCAGCUUCAAUUACCUUAUGUUGCUGCUUGAAGAAAAAAGAUGGUAGAGGCAGAAGUGUGCUAAAAGGAAAGGCUGCUAGUGGUGGGAGGGGUGAAAAGCCCAAAGAGGAUUUUGGAAGUGGGGUGCAGGAACCUGAGAAAAACAAGCUGGUUUUCUUUGAAGGAUCUUCUUAUAACUUUGAUCUUGAGGAUUUACUGAGGGCUUCUGCAGAAGUCCUGGGAAAAGGUAGUUUUGGGACCGCGUAUAAGGCCAUAUUGGAGGAGUCAACAACAGUGGUUGUAAAAAGGUUGAAGGAAGUCGUCGUGGGGAAAAGGGACUUUGAACAGCAGAUGGAAAUAGUGGGAAGGGUUGGUCAGCAUCCAAAUAUUGUGCCACUUCGUGCAUAUUAUUACUCAAAGGAUGAGAAACUCCUGGUAUAUGACUAUCUUCCAGGUGGUAGCUUAUCAGUGCUCUUGCAUGUAAACAGGGAAGCUGGGAGAACUCCUUUAGACUGGGGAACAAGGGUCAAGAUAUCCCUUGGAGCUGCGCGAGGGAUUGCCCAUAUCCACUCUGUGGGUGGUCCAAAAUUCACUCAUGGAAAUAUCAAAGCCUCAAAUAUCCUUCUCAGCCUUGACAAUGAUGGCUGCAUCUCUGAUUUUGGCAUGACUUCUCUUAUGAAUGUCCCUGCCACUCCAUCUCGAGGUGCAGGCUAUCGUGCUCCUGAGGUGGUUGAAACGCGUAAGCACACGCAUAAAUCAGACGUGUACAGCUUUGGCGUCCUCUUGCUUGAAAUGUUGACAGGAAAAGCUCCGCUCCAGUCGCCUGGACGUGAUGACAUAGUUGAUCUCCCAAGAUGGGUCCAGUCCAUUGUCAGGGAGGAGUGGACAGCGGAGGUUUUUGAUGUUGAGCUGAUGCGGUACCAGAAUAUUGAAGAAGAAAUGGUGCAGAUGUUGCAAAUUGGGAUGGCAUGUGUUGCGAAAGUCCCAGAUAUGCGACCCAACAUGGAUGAGGUUGUUCGUAUGAUUGAAGAUAUCCGGCAAUCUGACUCAGAGAACCGUCCAUCUUCGGAAGAGAACAAAUCCAAGGACUCAAAUGUGCAGACUCCGUGAUUGAUUUCGCAAGGAAAUAAAAUAAGCCUUUUUCAUUGCAAAGUAAGCAUAUUGAACCUUGCAAGAGUUCGUGGGUUCUAGAGUGUGAAUUUGUCCAAUUGUGAGAUUCUUCUUAGGGAUGUAGUGCUAAGAUUUUUUUAGGUGGAUUUUUUUACUUGAUUUGUUGUAAUAUUUAAUUCAAUGUUGUGAAUCAAUUGGUUGAGGUUUCAAAGGAAAACUUUAUGAUACUGUUGUCUAUCUUUGAAAUAAAAUUUGGCCCUUACAUGUGGAA